AUGGAUGGUAAAACAACAACAACAACAUGGGAUAUAACGGUAUUUCUAAAUGUAACCAAUGGUACAUUUAUAUUACAUCGUGAAGAUGUUGCUAUGUUACGUUUCUAUCUUGCAGCUUAUAUUAGUACAACUAAACAUUUUCGACAUAUAUUUGCUACAAAUGGUCAUCCAUUAAUAAUGCUAACAUUUCUGCGUGUUUAUUCAAAUAUUCAAUUGAAUCCAAUGUUAAAACGAUCUAUUAAAUAUUAUUGCAGAUAUUGUUUUUACAUUACAUCGUAUACUAUUUAUAUUACAAAUCAUUACGAUGACACGAUUUUUACUGUACUUAAUUGUAUUGAUUUUUGUGUUACUGUUGUUGCCUAUGUACCGAAUUCAACUCGAUCAUUACAAUUGCUUGAUGUAAUAGAUUUAUCAUUACCAAAACAUUUAGAAUAUUUAAAAGAUCGUACAAAUAAAAAUAAUUCGAAAAACCACGAUCGUGAAGAACUUAAAAUAAUUGAAAAAUUAUCAACUACUAUAAAAAAAACAGUGUUUUCGGGUUGUAUUGCACUUGUAUUAAAGGAAAAUAUAUCAGAAUCAAGUCAUAGUGUACCACGUUUGCAUGCAUUGGCAUUUCCAAACAUAUUUUCUAGGGCAGUUAUUAAACUUGUCGAAAGAUAUUUAUUAACUAUUAAAUUAGAAUCAACCAAAUUUAAAAGCAUUAACUGGUAA